AUGCGCCACUCGACAUUCAUUACAGGCAAUACCUGUUACUCCCCCAAUUCACUUGUUCAACUUCCCCAACUUUUCUUUGUUUCUGAAAUCCACGAUAACCGUUUGAUUAAAUCUGAGACGCGCGAAUCAGGCCCCAUCAACAUAAAUGAGGAGCACCUUAACACCGGAAUGGGCCCAACCCACGCGAUUGCUGAUACUGUUCUGGAUAAGAAUGCAUCUACACUGCUGCUCAAGUUGAAGCACAAAAACCAUCCACACGAACACAAUGCUGCCGAAGAACCCCCUGACAUGGCCUGCAACUCGCAACUGGCGGCUGGCUUCGAGAAGUACCGUCGAACGGCCUCUCUUCUUCAACAUGCUACAAGCCCGCAGUCUUCGAGUUAUCAAAGUGGCACCGUCCGUCACUACGCCCUCGCUAACUGCCGGCCGUUGGCAGACACCGAACCGUGA